AUGAGUACCCAAAUCGACGCCUAUGCAGCUGUAAGAGAGAAGCUAUCUCCUGGUGCAAACAUAUAUGGGGAAAAUUCCGAAGAUUUUGGCAGAGCCGCCUUGCGUUGGUCACAGUACAAAAGCCCUAAUUUCAUCGUCGUUGUCGAAGUCGCAACCGAGGGUGAUGUGAUAGAAACAAUCAAAUACGCAAACGCGAAUCAAAUUCCUUUUCUAGCCUACUCCGGUGGACAUGGAGCCAUUGCCGGACUGGACAAUGUCCAAAAGGGCAUUCAAAUCAGUCUGGUCAAGUUGGACUCUGUCGAAAUUUCAGAAACAGGAACAACGGCCACCUUCGGCGGAGGAGUUUUAUCCAAAAGAGCCAUAGACGCGCUCUGGAAAGCUGGCAAGCAAACAGUCACCGGCAGCUGUGAAGUGACCAGUCUGCUUGGGCCGGGCCUGGGUGGCGGUUACGGUCUUCUGCAAGGCAAAUACGGACUGAUCUCGGACCAAUUCGUGUCAGCGCGCAUUGUGCUAGCGGAUGGGACUGUGAAGAAUGUUUCUUCAGAGUCAAACGACCCCGAUCUUUGGUGGGCCUUACAAGGAGCUGGACACAACUUCGGUAUCGUGAUGUCAGUUACAAUGAAGAUAUACGACGUACCAAAAGAUGACAUCUGGUCGUUUGAGAGCUACGUAUAUCCUCAAGACAAAGUGGAGGGUUUAUACGAACGGAUUAAUACACUGUGGCCGGACGGAAGUCAGCCCAGCAGCGUGAUUAACACUUCGGUCCUUAUGCACAACCCAGGCAUUGACGCAGAAAAGCCUAUACUCGCCUUCAUUGUUGUCCAAAAUGGGUGCCAACCCGUCGAAUCCAUCUAUACGAAGCCUUUCCGUGAUCUUGGCUCGAUUCUCACCCAAUCUGGUUCUGGCGCAUAUACAGAUAUUCCCGGUUGGAUGGAACUAGAUGAGAAGUCUCCGGUAACCAUGAAGUUAGGACUCAGUGGAAUCCGAUUCCCCGUCAAUGUUCAAAACUACAACCUCCAGGCUCAACGCGAAGUAUACGAACUCUUCGCCAAAGAGACAUCUGAGAUACCAGAGUUGAGAAAUUCCUUCAUUAUGUGUAAAGGUUACCCAGUUCACGGUGUCAAGUCCGUUCCUAGUGAAUCCACGGCCUUCGCACAUCGCGAUGAUAAUAUCCUUAUUGCUCCAGUGAUAACCUACGAUAACAAAGACAAUGAUCCAGAACUGGACGCGAAAGCAAAUGAAUUUGGAGAGAAACUACGUCAGAUCAUAUUUGCUGCCAGCGGUCAGAAAGAGUUGCACGCGUAUGUCAACUACGCAUCUGGCGGUGAGACGCGCGAAAAUCUUUACGGAUUUGAGCCAUGGAGACUGCAGAAACUAGAAGCGCUCAAGAAGAAAUAUGACCAGGAAGGAAAAUUCAACUAUUAUGCUUCUGUCUUGUAA